GUCAGUUCAGCCACUUCCUCUGAUCAGACUCAGAGUGAGGAGGAAAGUAGAAAGUGAGCCAACGACUGAGAUCAAGUUUCAACUGAGAGAACGUCAAAGACAUGGAAGUGGGACCGCUCUCUGAGCCGAUCCUCUGCUACAUCCUAGACGGGUUCCUGAUUGUUUACUGCACCAUCGCCACGGCGUUGUAUUUCAGAGAGAAGUUUUCCAGCCUCCCCUACAUGCUGAUUGAAGCCCCUGAGGAAAAUGGUCGAAUAUACCAGGAGCUUGAGAGACCGCGGGAUGCUGACCCCUACCAGAUGCUUGAACCAUCAAAGAGAAAAAAAAGAGCAGCGAAGAAAAAGAAACCCAAGCCAAGACCAGCUGAGGAGAAUGGACAAGACACGUACGAGUCUUUAGUUACUCAAGACCCAGCUCCACCUCUGCCUCCACAGUGAUGUCCUGCACAGUUCCUCCCUUUCUUCAUAUCAACUUAAUAUGCCUGAGUGUAGGAUCAUUUUUGUAUCCAAAAGUUUGAUUAGCAAUUUAUCACUUCAUUAAAUUCUAAAUUUUAUUUUUAAAAACAUAUGAUUAAAACAUCAAAAAUAAAAUAAUAAAUGCUCUUCUGUUAGCCUCUGUAGACCACAUUAUACAUUAAAUCUUUAAUGAUUUGCAUUCAAUCAUUUCUUUGCUAACAACUGUAUGCUAGGAUGCUAACAUGUUAAGAGUAAAAGGCUGACAUUCAUUUUCUUUUUUGUGAAUCUAAAUACUAACGUUUUUAAUAUUAACCAGAAAUAAAUAAAUACAGAAACAGUGAUGUGUUUUAGUAGAAUAUUUAGUUUCAAUUAUUACUCUUGGCUCUGUUGAAACACUGUCGUGAGACUUUUUGACUGCUAGCAAUAGCUUGCUAGCAUGAAGGAGUUUAAAAGGCUGACUUUAAUUUUCUAUUGUCUAGUCUGUUGCAGGCUAAUGAUUUUAAGCAAAACAAGAUCAAUUAAGCUUCCAGUGAGUUACAUUUAUCUUGACUUUGUUGUAAUGCUGUUUGAAGAGCAAUUUUUAACUGCUACAGUUUGCUAGCAUGCUUACAUGAUGUGUAAGAAGGGGACAUUUGUUUGCCGUUUUUGGUGUGUUUAAAUGCUACUUUUUUUGUAUUUACCCAAAAAUCAAUAAAUGAAAUAAAGAUUGAUGUGUUUUGGGGCGUUACGUUUCAAUUUCUGAUCUCGGAUCUGUUCAGAGAAUUUCUAACUGCUUACAACAACUUGCUAAAAUGUAGUAAUGUAAGAGGUUGACUUAAAUAUUCUGUUUAAUGUGAAAGCUAGCAAAUGUUUUAUAUAUGUGCCUCUUAUUAGAUAACAGGAACAUUGAAGCUUUCAGUGAGGGAGUUUUAUUUUUCAUCUUGACUUUGUUGUAGCGCUGUUUUAAGUCACUUUGACGGCUAAAACCGUCUGAAGUAUGAGAGGUUAACAUUAAUUUAAGUGUUUAAAUGCUACAAUUUUUUUGAUAAUGUCCAAAAUUAAUAAAUACACAAACAGUGAGUUUUAGAAAAGUGUUUAGUUAAUAUUUUUAAAUUUUUUUUUAAUUAUUUUUAAUUGCUUACAACCUAUUACCAUACUUACAUUAGGUCAUGUAAAAUGUUUGACUUUGAUAUUAUUUUACUGUGUUAGCAAUUUCACAUUUCUUUUCCACUUACAAUACAAUACAUGGGGUUUUAGUCUGUUCUUUAAACCUGGUUUUGAUGUAGCACUGUAGAGCCUUUUUUAACCGCUAACACCAAUUUGCUAGCAUGCUAACAUGCAGGAGAGUAAGAGGUUGACUUUAAUUUUCUGUUUUAGUGUGUUGCCAGGUAGACUUUUAUAUAGCACCAACAAAUAUAGUAAUAGUGGUGUAUUUUCAGUAAGGUAUUUUCAAUUUUUAUUUUUGGCUUUAUUUGUUAUGCUGUUUUGAGAGAACUGAACUGCUUCAACAGCUUGCUCACAUGCUAGUAUAUAGGCAUGUUGGAAGUUUGACUUUGAUAUUCUGUUAUCAGUGUGUUAGCAAUCUUUUCCUAUUUAAAAUACAGGAACAAUUAAUGCUUAAGUCAGGUUUUUAAUUCAGUUUUAUCCUUUGCUUUUUUGUAGCACUGCGGAGCCAAUUUCAACUGCUAACACUGAGUGGUUAGCACGCCAACAUGCAGGAAUGUAGGAGGUUGAAUUUUGUUGUGUUGUGCAGUAGGUGGCUUACAGGGAUUAUGCUGUAUCUAGAACUUCAAAAAUAAAGGGACUGUGACAUGUUUAUCAUUGAGGUAUUAUGUUUCAAUUUCUAAUCUGAGCUGUGUUUCAGCACUGUUGUAGGAGCCUGUUUUUUUUUAAGAUUUUUUUGUGCCUUUAUUAGAUAGAAGAGGACAGUGGAUAGAGUCGGAAACAGGGUCAAGAGUGGGGGAGAGACAUGCGGUA